AUGAAUACCACGGAUUUCAGCACCGUGACCGUCCCACAGAACGCCCUCCCUCCCUUUGUUGCAUUCGAUGCAUACGUCAUGAUGGGGCCAGUGGUGUUGGGUGCGCUCGUCAACGCCUGCCUCUUCGGCGGUUUUGUUGUUCAGACUUACGUCUAUUAUGCACAUUUCCCCAACGAUAGUCGAGUGGUGAAGCUCACGGUAGCAGCCAUCUUGGCAGCACAGAUCGCGCAUGUAAUUUGUGUGUCGGCGACACUGUGGAAUUUUGCUGUCAGCGGCUACGGCAACCCUCUGACGAUGUUGGUCUUCCCACUAGGAGCAGAUGCGGCUAUCCUCUUCACUGCAAUUACAGGGGCACUAGUAGAGUCGUCCUUCGCGUUUCGAUUGUGGAAGCUUUCGAAAACACUUUUUCUCCCCCUUCUUUCGCUGGCACUCUGUCUAGCAGCUCAGUCCAUUGCACUCGCGAUGACAGUGAAAGCUUUCCUCAUGACAAACCUUGUGAAAUUUGCACAUGAUCAAAAUACACUGAUCACGCUUUCGCUCACUUCGCGUCUGGUUUGUGAGCUGACACUUACCCUGUCUAUGGCGUGGUACCUGAGGAAGCAACGGUCGUCGACCUUUUCAAGGCACGCUGCAUUACUUCCAAUUUGUUCCGUUGUAAUGAUUUACAGGACAACGGCCAUGAUUGACCGUUUGGUUCUGUGGACUCUCGAAACUGGCCUAAUGACCAGGUAUGUGGUAAGACAUUUCUGGCGUGUUGGGGCUGAUGUUAUGUUGAGCCUGGUCGUGGCCUUUGUCAUGAGCUUCUUCUUAACAAUGAAGCAGAAUUACAUAUGGGUUGGAGUAUACGCAAACAUUGCGUCUGUGAACGCGAACUCGUUUCUUGCAUCGCUGAACGGCAGAUUAAUCCUCCAAAGCGGGGCGAAUGAAAGCCUACACAUGAACACUCUGACUAGCUCAGGUGGUGGACGUAGCAAAUCACAGUCUGUUGUGAUCAAUGUCACGCAAUCAGUGGGAGGUCCUGUAGAGGUUUUCAAAUACGGUGAAGGUGAAGUUUAGGUUCUAGAAACCACAGUAAUGACAAUAACAGCGAUUCCUGUGUUAUAUUAUGAGGCUAUUUCAACUGCAAUUCACCAAUUUGGGUGCACGUACGGAACACCGAGAAAUGCAGGCGAGGAGCCUGAUGAGAAUUUUGUCAUGAAGAUCGCUUCGACGAGUGUUGGUGACUGCUCGGUCUUGGGUCUCGGCCUUCCAGUGAGUGCUGAAACACGUAUCGCACCUCAAUUGAUCAUGAGUUGCUAGACAGGCGGCCCCUAGAUCAUAGUACUAACGAAGUUAAUUCAUGCUGACAAGACGGUGGAGUGGUGCCGUCGUCUCGUGGUUGUCUGUGCU